AUGCCGGCUGCGGCUGUUUAUUCAAUUCUAAAUAAAAAAGAAAAUGCUCAUAAUGAUCCAAUCUAUUGUUGUGCCUGGGCAACCAUAAAAACUAAAAAUAAUGAAAGGGUUUCACAACAAGAUUACUUAGUGACUGGAGGGCUAGAUAAUCUGGUAAAAGUCUGGCACCUAGAUAAUAAUAGGUUAGAACUUCUACACACAUUGGAAGGUCAUUGUAUGGCUAUUGUUUCUAUUGCUGUUAGUCCAGAUGGAUAUUCCAUAGCAUCAUCAUCUUUAGACUCAACUUUAAUAAUAUGGGAACUCACAAGUGGAAAUAAAGUACAUGAAAUAAAGACAGGCACAACAGAUGUUUGGAAAGUGGCUUUUUCUCCAGAUGGCACUAAGGUUGUCUCUGGAAGUCAUACUGGAAAACUUAUUGUCUAUGAUAUAGUUAAUAAUACUGUAAAUAAAAUUUUGGAUACUAGAGGAAAGUUUGCUCUUUGCGUUGCUUGGAGUAGAGAUGGUAAGUAUGUAGCUAGCGGUUCGGUAGAUGGCGCUGUAUACAUGUUUAAUGAAUCUCAAAGCAAGCUAAUUCAUACAAUAGAAGCUCACACUCUAACAGUAAGAAGUGUGGACUUCUCACCUAACUCCCAACUACUCUUAACAGCAUCGAAUGAUGGGGAUGUGAAGAUAUUUGAUGUGGCUGGCGGCAAUCAAAGAAGUGUUUUGAACUUUAAGUCGUGGGCAUUAAGUGCGUGUUUCUCACCUGACGGUACACGGGUGGCGGUCGCGGUCGGUGACGGAACUGUUGCCAUCGCUUUAUUGGACCUCAAAAUAUUAAAAAGUUUUCAAGAACAUGUUGACACAGUGUGGGAUAUCAAAUUUAAUUCGGAAGGCAAUAAACUAUUGUCCAUCGGCAAAGAUAAAACAAUAAAUAUUUACGAAUGCCCGAUACCAACCAAAAGUGCUAAAACA